UCCUGCGGCAACUUGCUAUAUUCCACUUCGUCAUGGCCAGUAAAAAAUAUAAAUCUUUGUUCAGCAAAGAGAAUAGAGAUUAUUUUAUGAGUACACACUUCUGGGGACCGGUAUUCAACUGGAUGAUACCUAUAGCAACUAUAGCAGACACGCGAAAGCAUCCGAGGAUCAUUAGCGGCAAGAUGACUUUGGCACUAACGUUAUAUUCGCUGACGUUCAUGAGAUUUGCCAUGAGAGUACAACCAAGGAACAUGUUACUUUUCGCAUGCCAUAGUGUAAAUGCAGCGGCUCAAUUAACACAAGGAUGUCGGUAUCUCAAAUAUCGUUAUGGUACAAAGCCAGAGGAAGGAGAAUGAUAUUAUCCGAUCGUAGAAAAAGGAAUGAAAAUACAACGAUACUUUUAUUAUGAAAAUUGAAUUAGUUCGACCGAUCAAUUAUACGCGUACUUUCAUUAUACGAAAAUAGAAAUUCAUAGAAUGGUACGAAAGGAUAAAAGAGAAAAUCCAAACGUAUCGACAAAGACGAAUGCUCACGGACAAGUUCGUGGAAAGAAGAAAGAAAU